AUGAAGGCCUCUUCCACUAUCAUAGAGCUGCCCACAGUGCCGUUCGUUUAUACGAACAAUACAUUGGCACCUACAGCAGUUUCUAAUCAAGCCCCUACAAUGUCCGAGGACAGCUCCUCGAGGCCGAAGAAGCCCGUUGCUAUUGCUCCCAAGCCAAGUGUAGCAGUAUCAGCUGGCCCAUCGGCGCCGUCUCAAAUACAACCAACAUUGCCAUCGCAGCCUACGGCUCUUAUCCCUAAGGCUCCUUUGGUCCCAUUAGCCCCGAAGGCUGCAAAAGUCCCAGUCGGCAAACCACAAAAAGCAAUUCCCGGACCACGCUCACGCAAAAAUGCUAUAAAUGGGUCCAGAAAAUCGAGAAAGCGAAGACGCGGUGGUGAUAGUGACGGCGAAGACAUCAUAAGGGCUGGGGACUCCAGUUCGGAUGAAUCCGACAUCACCCCUACUGCCACUCAAACAAAGUCCGGCCGACAAGUGAACCGACCGUCAUUAUAUGUGCCUCCAGCUUCAUCUCCAGUCGUUGCCAAGACGAACGGCACUUCCUCCCGUGGCUCGGAAACUACUGGUGCGCGAAAACGCAAGCGCGUUUUUCGCAAGACGAAGGAGGCAUAUGUCAACUGUAUGCAUUGUCAAAGAGGUCAUAGCCCGCAGAGCAAUGCUAUUGUAUUCUGCGACGGGUGUAAUCGAGCAUGGCAUCAACUCUGUCAUGACCCUCCGAUCGACGCUGAGGUUGUGACGGUGAUGGAGAAGGAAUGGCACUGCCGGGAAUGCAAGCCUGUGCCAAUUUCCAUUGUCCAGCCGACAGUUGUGAGAAGCAAUCCUGAAUUACAAGCUCAGACAUUGGGUACUCCACUUCAUCACCAUGUGCCUUGUCCCAAGCUCGAAGUAGGAGGCGAGCUUUUUUCAGCGGAGGAGCGGCGGGGUUAUCUGUCGAGUCUCUCCCACGCAAGUCUCGUCGAGCUUCUCGUGACUAUAUCAGACCGGAAUCCCUCCUUGUUGAUGUUUCCAAGCAAUCUGAAGGAACUGCAGUCGUCGAAAUUCGUAUUCACCUCCAAUAUAUCGGCUGGCCCAGUCUCAACAGCAACUUCCGACCAGACACUUACAACAACCGAAACACCAGUCUCUCACACGGAGAAAGACACUACUUCUGAGAAGCCGAGUACCGAGAUUACUGAGGAGUCAUUGCCAUCCGCUUCUUCUUCACGAAAGAGACGCCGGUACGAGUCAGAUGAAGAGUCAGAAUACGAAGAGUUUCAAGAGCAUCGACUGUAUCCACGCGCUGGAAACGGGUUCCGUCUUUCGCUCAACGUCGACGAUAUUGACAUCAUGCGUGAAGACCCAGCGUGUCCCACAUUCAGCUAUGCAUUGCAUGGACCAGCCAAAGCUCGCGCCGAGGCCAAUGAAAUUGCACCUGUAUGGGGGACUGCGUGA